CCCCCGCCCAUAGACACGGUUACGCUGGCUGACGGCGCUCAGGCCGUGGUGAUUAGCUAGAUUUAUCUAGCUAUCUACUCCUAAAUGCUACCACAAGCAGCACUCAGUGCAAAACAUGUCCUUUGCAAAGUGCCGUCAUAGCCGCCCGGAGGGCACACUACCAAUGACCCCAUGCCGCAGCACCUGGGCUACGGAUUUGAAAUACCUCUCCUUACUCUACCAAGUCACGCUCAACAUCCACCACGACACCCGCACACGCGCCGCCUUCCUGGCUGGGGAGGAUGCACAUUGUUAUUGAGUGAGAGAUUUAGGCCACAGUCGGGAUGCCGGGCGUUGGCGGUGCCGGGAGGAUUACUGGACGUCCGAUGGAAGGAUCGUAUAUCCGGAUUCCUCAGACCACACUCGGGCGUUAGGGUGGUUGCAUCGGGACAAACACCCGGCGGACUAAUUAUGCGAGGCCGGGACGAGACCGCCCGCCCCGCCUCAAGGCACUCUAUCCAGACGGUUUGGGCGACCUCAGGAGGUGGGGUAGAGCCAAAGCGGGCAUGGCUACCUCCUUUCCAGCAGCAUCAUCAAGGGAUCGGGAUGGUCGGAAGUUGGAAGUGUGCUGUUUCUCCACCAACUCGACCAGGUAGUUAUCCUUUCCGAAAUGCGCGACAGAUCAGAUCCCCGACGAUCCGCCGUACCGCGCGACAAUUAUGCUUAAGACGUAGAAGCACCAAUAACGGCAAGAUGUUGUUUGGAUAAGCGAGGUAAACCGUAUACAGGGAAACAAUGUGGGGUGAUUGGUUUGUUUCACCUUCCGCCGAACACGAUCAUUAGGUACUGGCCCGAGUAUGCGUUUCAAGUAGAAUAGGGCGUCCAAAGCACAGUCCCCUAC